AUGUAUUCAAGCUAUUAAAACAAAUACGGAUUCGAGGAUAACUUUCACGGCUCCUCCCAUAAUUCAGAUGAGAGUCAAGAUAUCAUCGUAGUGGAACCACUUGAUGAAUAUCAGCAAGCGCUUAACAAAUCAAAUGCUCUCUAUCUGACAAGUCAAAAUUCACCCAACCCAACAUCAUCUUACAUUAACAGACCCCAAAUCAAUUCCUCAACUGUCAACUCAAGAAUAUACUCCUAAAUAAACCAUUCCAACCAACCAGAACACAAACCUUAUGCGUAACAAUCAUAAAGACCUACCUAUGAUCCCACCGUUUCAGUCCCUAGAAAAUACGAUCCCAGUCUUAUUUAACGCACAUAACAAUAAUAACCAUAACCUAAAUCUAGCACUACCCUGUUAUAGCAAUCCAUCAUCGAACAUCAACCAAGAGUUACACAAUCAAUAAUAAAACCAACCGAAAGGCCUCCUCUAAACAAUUAUGAUACACAACAAAGAGACAAGAACUUUAAAGACUAAUAUUCAGAUUACGAUGUUGAGGAGGUACUUUAAAAUCAAGACCAAUUAAAAUCUUCAUACAAAUAACAAUCGGUUGAAGAUUUACCGAAAGAAAGAAAAUUAACUAACUCUAUCACUCCAGUAGAAAAAAAGCCGAGUCUCAAUUCAUAGUCUGCUAUAAUGAGGGAAUCCAAGGUUCCUGCUUUAACAGAAAAGGACAAAUAAUAGUUGAUUGCCAAUGCUAAACAAUAACUCUUAAAUCUAGAUCUAUUUGCAUCCAAAUUAUCCACUCAAAAUUACUCUGGUUAAGACAUUUGCGAGAUUGUGAGCAUUUAAAAGGGAGCAAUUAAACUGCAUUAGGAUCUAAAUAACAUCCUAAGUCAUGAUCGCAAUUCCAUAGUCUUGGUUGGAGUUAUUGGAUAGAACAAAUCAGGUAAAAGCACUUUGCUUAAUGAAAUUGCUCAUACAUCAAAUAAAUAGAAAUUUGGAAACAAUGGUAUUUGGAUGUUAUCCAAACCACUUGUCAUAGAACAGAAAAGCUAUUACUUUGUAGAUUGCUAAGGCACUGAUAAUCAAUUGCUUUAUGCAUUUGUUAUGCUAAGUUGCUCGACAUUAUUAUACAACACUCUCAAAUUGGAUGACAACAGUAUCCAGUGUUUCCCUGUGCUUGACACCAUUUUCAGAUUAUUGAUCAAUGAAUAUGCAAUAAUGCAAUUGUUACCCAAUUUUAUAUGGGUUUAACGCGAUGCACUAUAAGCUCGUCCAAUAAGUGACUUGCAAGAAUUCCUUGUCAAAGCCAAUAAGGGUUAAUAAUUUGAGAAUCUAAUUAAGUAACGUGAUGUGGCCUAUAUUGCCCCAUAAAGCACUUCGGAGUAUUAGAACACGAUUACACAAUUGAAAGACAGGAUUAUUUUGGGCAGUGUUUGCAAACAAGUCAACAGUUACAAUCUGAAUGGACCUCUAAUGUAUUUGUACAUGGAAUAUAUUGUUGAUCUGCUCAAUAAACCAAUUUCUUUGUAAUUGGAUUAAUUAUGGUUAUCAAUUUGUGAGGAUUACACGAAAGCCAUCUACAAUUAGAGUCUGAAUUCAUUCGUCUAAUAAGUCGAUAGUUGGAUGAAAGACAAUCAGAAAGUUGAUGAAAUUGAGAUAUACAAAUAGUUCAGAGAUUUCAAAGAUGUCUCAUUGCAACAGAUAUUCCCAUAUUGUUUUUUGAAUAGCAAGAAUCGAUCAUAUUAGCAAUACAAAAAGAAAUUGCAGGAAAUCCUUGUUGCCAAAGAGAAAUAAGCAUUAUAAUUUUGUCUCUACACAAGUUAAUGUGAAAAUGACUCGUUUUUGAACAAGAACAUCAGUAAAAUAAAUUUCAAGGACAUCGAUUCGUUCUCUUCAUCUUUCAACAAUAUUCUAGACCAAUUAUAAAAGCAAAAGUACCAAUUUUAGCAAUGUUCUACAUAUGCAGAGUUCUUACAACGCAAUUAUAAGAAAUUCAUAGAAGAUCUAUUUUCUAAAUAUCAAAAGAUAUUAGCGAAUACAAGUGAGGAACAAUAAUACAAUUUGCAAUAAUCAAAGAUGCAGGUAUCCACUAAGGAAGAUGAAUUGAAAAAGAAGCAAGAGUAGGUAUCUUUUAUGGAGAAGAAAAGGAAUCUGUUGAUUAAGGAAAUUCAGGAUUUGUAAGAGUAGAUCAAACUUGAAAGAGAGUCGGUUGCACCUGAUGAUCGAUAAUCUUAAUAAGGUCCAAGUGAAGCUCAGAUGUUCGAGCUGAAGAAGAAGUGCGCUGAAAAUAAAUAAGAGAUCCAAGUUUUGAGAAAACAGGUUUAAGAUGCUGAGCGUAGAAAGAAUGAAGAUGGAUGCAGUAUUCAAUGA